CCCGGGCGGGAAGCAGGGCGGGGAGGCGCCGGCGGUGUUCGAGGCGGAGCUCGGGGGAGCCCGGCUGGCUGCUGCAGGCGGAGGGCGGGCAGGGAGAGAGCCGCCCUCGCUGAUCUCCUCCCGCGGCCGGCGAGCAGCCCGCAGAGGGACGCGGGCUCCCGGCGCUCCGCAUAAAAAAUGGCAUUUCAGAAGGCAGUGAAAGGAACUGCUCUCAUUGGAGGAGGUGCCAUAGCAACAGUUUUUGGCCUCUCUCAAUUUUCUCAGCAUAGAAACAAACACGGUGCCUUGGUGCAGGUGCAGGCUGCAGAAGCUGUUCCGGCGAGGAAGGAGCAUCUCCCCACGAGGGAGCAGCAGCUCGUGGCGCUGCAGUGCCGCGGGGAGUUCGACGUGCUCGUCAUCGGCGGGGGAGCCACGGGCUGUGGCUGUGCCCUGGACGCAGCCACCCGAGGACUAAAAACAGCCCUUCUAGAAAGAGAUGAUUUCUCAUCGGGGACCAGCAGCAGGAGCACUAAAUUGAUCCAUGGUGGAGUGAGGUACCUCCAGAAGGCCAUCAUGAAGUUGGAUUUCGAGCAGUACAGGAUGGUGAAGGAGGCUCUGGAGGAGCGUGCACACCUGCUGCAGAGCGCGCCCCACCUCUCAGGUGCGCUGCCCAUCAUGCUCCCCAUCUACAAGUGGUGGCAGCUGCCAUACUACUGGAUUGGGAUCAAGCUGUAUGACCUGGUGGCAGGCAGCCAGUGCCUGAAGAGCAGCUAUGUGCUGACCAAGAGCCGGGCCCUGGAGCUGUUCCCCAUGCUGCGCAGGGACAAGCUGGUGGGAGCCAUUGUCUACUAUGAUGGACAGCACAACGACGCGCGCAUGAACCUGGCCAUCGCCCUGACCGCCGCCCGCUACGGCGCUGCCACCGCCAAUUACACCGAGGUGCAGCACCUGCUCAAGAACUCGGACACGGGCCGCGUCUGCGGCGUGCGCUGCAGGGACGUGCUCACCGGGAAGGAGUUCGAUGUCAGAGCCAAGUGUGUUAUCAAUGCCACGGGACCUUUCACAGACUCAGUCCGCAAAAUGGAUGAUCAGGAGGUGCCCAACAUCUGUCAGCCCAGUGCAGGCGUGCAUAUCGUGAUGCCUGGUUAUUACAGCCCUGACAACAUGGGGCUGCUGGACCCGGACACCAGCGAUGGCAGAGUGAUCUUCUUCCUGCCCUGGGAGAAGAUGACGAUUGCAGGAACCACGGACAGCCCCACGGAUGUCACUGCCCACCCCAUCCCCACCGAGGAGGACAUCAACUUCAUCCUGAGCGAAGUGCGCAACUACCUGGGCCCCGACGUGGAAGUGAGAAGAGGAGAUGUGCUGGCAGCCUGGAGUGGCAUCCGGCCCCUGGUGACCAACCCUGACUCCAAGGACACCCAGUCCCUGUCCCGGAACCACGUCGUGACCGUCAGCGACAGCGGCCUCAUCACCAUUGCAGGUGGGAAGUGGACGACCUACCGUGCCAUGGCCCGGGACACCAUUGACGCGGCCGUGCGCGAGCACAACCUGGAGGCAGGCUCCUGCAGAACCAUGGGGCUGCAGCUGGAGGGCGCCGAGGACUGGAGCCCCACCCUCUACAUCAGACUGGUCCAGGACUAUGGGCUGGAAAGUGAGGUGGCUCAGCACCUGGCUUCCACCUAUGGGGACAAGGCUUUUGAGGUGGCCAAAAUAGCCCAGGUGACAGGGAAGAGAUGGCCUAUUGUUGGGAAACGUCUGGUAUCUGAAUUUCCUUACAUUGAAGCUGAGGUGGUGUACGGGGUGAAGGAGUACGCGCGCACCGCCGUGGACAUCAUCUCGCGCCGCACCCGCCUGGCCUUCCUCAACGUGCAGGCUGCCGACGAGGCCCUGCCCCGCAUCGUGGACAUCAUGGCCAAGGAGCUCAACUGGAGUGAGCAGAAGAAGAAGGAGGAGCUUGAAACCGCUAAAACAUUCCUGUACUAUGAAAUGGGCUACAAAGUGAAAACAGAUCAAUUAACAGACAGCUCUGAGAUCAGCCUGGUGCCUGCAGAUAUUGAGAGGUACAAGAAGCGGUUCCGCAUGUUUGACAAGGACAAGAAGGGUUUCAUCACCAUCCUGGACGUGCAGCGUGUGCUGCAGAGCAUCAGCGUGCAGAUGGACGAGAACACCCUCCACGAGAUCCUCAACGAGGUGGAUCUCAACAAAAACGGGCAGGUGGAGCUCAACGAGUUCCUGCAGCUGAUGAGUGCCAUCCAGAAGGGCCGAGUGUCGGGCAGCAGGCUGGCUGUGCUGAUGAAGAGUGCCGAGGAGAACCUGCGGCGCCAGUGCAUCCCCGUGGACCGCAGCGGAGGGGGGCUCUGAGCGGGGCUCUGGGCCCCGGGGCAGCUCUCCCAAACGACUCCGGUGCGUUUGUCCUCCUCGUUCAUGAUCUCCUUACUGCCCCGGGACGUGCCUGGCUGGGGUGUGCUGGCAGGAGCUCGGCAGAGCAGGCUGCAGGGGCCUGGGGGCACACUCAGCACGUCCUGCCCUGGCCAUUAACGUUUGCAUUGCCUUCACUUCCGGAGCACGCCGUUCAGGGUGAGUCCUGCCCUGGCCAUACACCUGUGCAGCACCUUCACCUUCGGGGCACACCAUGCUCAGGGUGAACCCUGCCUCAGAGUGAAUCCUGCCCUGGCCAUUAACAUUUGCAGCACCCUCCCCUUCAGGGCACCCCGUGCUCAGAGUGAAUCCUGCCCCAGCCAUUAACGUUUGCAGCACCCUCCCCUUCAGAGCACACCAUGCUCAGGGUGAAUCCUGCCCUUAAAUGCUCGGAGUUCUGCAGACACAACAUCUCUGAGCUGCUUCUGCCUCUUCACCAAGGAGCAAGAGAGGGGAAGCUGUGCUCUGGAGUGGAGAUACCAUUCCAAAGGAGCAAACCCAGCACUUGUUGGAGGGUGGUGGAGACCUAUCCUGAGCCUGCUGUGGGUGGUUGGUUUGCCCUGUUAUUCCAGUGAUGCCAACACUUGGCCACUCAGAAAUUGCAGCUGGAAAACAAGACACCUGGAUUAAUCACCCGAGGGAAUAAUGUAGCUGAGAGCUGGGCACAGCUUCCCUUCUCCACUGUUAACACAAAUAAACUGCCUCUAAUAAAUGGCAUUGUCUGCAGGUGGUGCUUUGUGCAGUGAAAUAAAAGCAAGAGGUGUUUCAUGCUAAAAAGAGCUUCAAGUUUGGGGCAAACCCUAAUGCUGUGUAGGAUGGGGCAGGUUUUGGUAGCACAACAUUCUUAGAUGUUCAUUUUAAAAUGCUCAAACACGGUGGAAAAAACAAAGUGUGUGUUUUGCAUCCUACUAACUUUUCUAGAAAAAAAAAAAGCUGUUUUUCAGCAGGCUAAAUGAAAAACCAAAGCAUGGAGCCCUCACUGGAGCUGUUUCCAGCACUGCUGAACCUGCGUGUUGUCCUCCUGCUGCUGGGCUGGGCUGAGAUCAGCUGGGAGAUUGCUGCCUGAUGCAGAACAAGGCAGGGAAACCUGGUUUUCUGCUGGAUUUGGCAUCUGCUGUAUUCCCUGAGUGGAGCAAUUUCCACCUCAAACCAGGCUUCACUUCCCAGGGGUCAGAAUUUCUGCUGAAGUAAAAUUUGAUGUAUUUAACUGGUAUCACCACGUCCACUGAUGGAAAAUAGCAUCCAUCAGGGAUGCCCAACAGGGCAGGAGUGAACAGCAAGGAGUCCUUGGAUAUUUGAACAGGGAAAAUGGCUCCAGACACAAAUGGAGAUGCUGGGCACUGGUGGGAUGUAGCACAGUGAGUGCAGAUGCUGUCUUUGGCUGCAGAAGCAGAGCCCUUAAAAAACACAUGAAACAUUCGGGUGUUGAAAAACAGUAGAUACAAAAAAAAGGGUAAGACUCACCUAAAAUGAGUUCCUAAAACGGUUCAGAUGGUUUUUGCAUGUUCAGUUUGGUUUUUGAUGCAGAUGUUGUUCAGGUUCUGGCUUUGUGCUCCGAGCAGGGGCUGAGGAAGGGGAGUUGGCACAUCUGGCACCACAAGGACGUUUCAGUGGACAAAGGGGUUUGUUCCUGUGGUCCUGUAGGCUUUUCCUUUUGAGAAUGUUCAGGUGAGGGAUGGGAUGUUUGUGUCCCAAACGCACAGUGACAGAUCUCACACAUCCUGCAGGGUGGAGGGAAAUGAAUGCAUAACACACAGGCAUUCUGGAUCAGUGGGCCAGGGAGGGGGCUCAGGAUUCUGCUCUUAACAAAAGUGUAAGGGGAAAUAAAACAAAGUAGAAGUCAUGAGAUCUUUUCCAGGUCACGUGAAGAAAAAACUAUUUCCAAUGUUGAACAGGUUUUUUGUAAAGAAAAACUAUUUUCACUAUUGAACAGCUUUUGUACAGUUUAAAGAGAAAUUCUCCACUCCUCUCUAACUGGCAUUGUUAAAAUAAUAACCUGAGCUUACCUGGAAAGCAGGAUUUCUGUGUUGUACCCAAAGUAUGCGCUUUGUUCUCUUGUUUUCUAAUCUUGCACCUGGAAUGGGGCUGUGGGUUCUGCUGGCUGUGCGUGUCCCUGGACAUGGAUUUGCUCUGUGUCUCAGGCGCUUGUGUCACCUCCUGCUCCCCUGCACGGCGCAGCCAGGCCUGCAGUGGCAGGGACAGCUGCUCGUGUCCCCAGCAGCCCCUGGCCAGCCCUCACGUGUUCGUGUCCGCUCGUUGUGCCUGCAGGAAUGCUGGCUUUGCUCUCUGGACCCUGUGAUGUGCAUGCACUGUGGGAACAGCUGUGACAUGUCACUGCCUUGCCGUGAUGGGAAAGCAGGAAUGGGAUUGUGUGUGUGAAGGGAAGAUUUCUGGGUUUUCUGUGGGUAUUUUGUAUUGUAAAUAACCCGUGGGGAGGGGAGAUCCGUGCAGUGUUUGGGUGUAUAAAUACGUGUACAGACACACUGCAGGUUUCCAUGUGGCACUUAGGUUUGUUGUCAGGUUCCUGUUGCAGCCUGGGCUGUUCAAUGCUGUGUUUGAAGCUGGGUUGUCAUUUUUAUAACUGUCUUGGUGUUCUCCUGCCAUUAUUUAUUACCUUUGAUAUCUGGAAUGAGCCGCAUGCGUUUAUUGAGCAAUAAGAGGAUGUAUUUAAUGUGCCUUGUUUUUAACUGAGUAAGGACUGAAAGCAUGAAUCAAUAAAAGUGGCUAAAAAACUUC